UUUUGCUGUAGAAGGAGCAGCAGUCAAACGUGUGGUGUCACUGUCGGAAAACACAGGGAUACAAACAAGACUCACAAGCCCGUAACAACUGAGCUAAAUCCAAAGGGGGGAAAGGCGGUGAAACGACGCCGGUGCACGCUGCUCGCUCCCCGGCUGCCCCGGCUGUGAGAUGGACGUCCGACAUGGGCUGUAGACUUCUGCUGCGGGACUGAAGUCCCUUCUUUUCCCCUCCCAAAUAUCCAGAGGAUGGGCCCAGUGUCCCUGUGCCUAAGGAGAUGUCUCUGGGUCGGCUCCUGCGGCGUGCCUCCUCCAAGGCCUCCGACCUCCUGACCUUUAACCCCGGGGCAGGGGGCACAUCGUUGCGCUCAGGGCUGGAUGGCGAGAUCAUCUUCUCCAAAAAUAAUGUUUGUGUGCACCCUGCUGAGCCCCUGCCCGGCCUGGCAGAGCACCACCCAGGCUACCUGUGUGUGCACACGGAGAAAGAUGAGAGCCUGGGCACCACUCUGAUUUUGACCUGGGUGCCCAACUCCCGCAUCCAGAGGCACGAUGAGGAGGCAUUGCGCUACAUCACGCCGGAGAGCUCCCCUGUACGUAGGAACGCACGCCACCGAGGCCGACGACCCCACUCCCGUCACCCAGCAGCCCAGGAAGACGAUGAGGAUGAGGAGAGGAACAUUACCAGCAGCACCUCCGCAGAGAGCCACAGCCUGGUGGUAGAAGCAGGAGGGGAUCCCUCCUCUCACCAGCAGCAGCUGCCCUCGGCGGGGGAGGAGGGCGACGAGGGCUCCUGUGAGCUGUCGGACGAAGUGAGUCGGGACAGCACCAUGGGUUCGGACUCGGACACUUUCUCCUCCCCCUUCUGCUUGUCUCCCGUCAGCGAGGCUCUCUGUGAAAGCAGCGGCUCUGUCUUUCUGGACAGUGAAAGCAGGGAGCUAUGCGAGGAGUCCAUGACCCACUCUGCGAGCUCCGCCUCCAGCCUGGACAGCCACGCCCCCUCCGAGAGCAGCAGCCAGUCGCAGGGCGCGCGGUGGGAGGAGCAACAGAAGGUGCUAGCUCUGGAGCAGUUGUGCGGCGUUUUCAGGGUGGACCUGGGUCACAUGAGGUCGCUGAGGCUCUUCUUCAGUGAUGAGGCGUGUACCAGUGGCCAGCUGGUGAUAGCCAGCAGAGAGAGCCAAUAUAAAAUCCUCCACUUCCAUCAUGCUGGCCUGGACAAGCUGGCUGAGGUCUUCCAACAGUGGAAGUGCUGCAGGGAAACUCAGCUUAAAGACCAGGUGUCAGUUGAGAAAUCCUGCAUGCAGUUUUCCAUCCAGAGGCCCACUCUGCCGUCGGCUGAGACCCAUCCAGAGGAGAAGCUUUAUCGGCGGCUGGACGUCACCACCUGGCUGCGUCACCUCAACCACAAUGGGCAGGUGGAGGAGGAAUAUAAGCUUCGAAAGGCCAUCUUCUUCGGUGGUAUCGACCCAUCCAUCCGUGGCGAGGUGUGGCCCUUCCUGCUACACUACUACAGCUAUGACUCCACCUCUCAGGAGAGGGAGGCAUGGAGGCUGCAAAAACGCACUCACUAUCAUGACAUCCAGCAGAGGAGGCUGUCCAUGAGCCCGGAGGAGCACAGUGAGUUCUGGAGAAAGGUCCAGUUCACAGUGGAUAAAGAUGUGGUGAGAACAGACCGCAGCAACCACUUCUUCAGAGGAGAGAAUAACCCCAACGUGGAGAUCAUGAGGCGAAUUCUGCUCAACUAUGCAGUUUUUAAUCCAGACAUGGGCUACUGCCAGGGCAUGUCUGACCUGGUGGCCCCCUUGCUCACUGAGAUUCAGGAUGAAAGCGACACCUUCUGGUGCUUCGUCGGCCUCAUGGAGAAUACCAUCUUCAUUAGUUCACCGCGUGAUGAGGACAUGGAGAGGCAGCUGAUGUACCUGCGGGAGCUAUUGCGUCUCAUGCUGCCCCGCUUCCACCAGCACCUCACCAGACUGGGAGAGGACGGCCUUCAGCUGCUCUUCUGCCAUCGCUGGAUCUUGCUCUGUUUCAAACGAGAGUUCCCCGACACAGAGGCUCUGCGCAUGUGGGAGGCUUGUUGGGCACAUUACCAGACGGACUAUUUCCACCUGUUCCUGUGCGUGGCCAUCAUUGUUCUCUACGGAGAGGAUGUGACAGAACAGCAGCUCGCCACUGACCAAAUGCUGCUUCAUUUCAGCAACCUCUCCAUGCACAUGAAUGGAGAACUGGUGCUACGUAAGGCCCGCAGCCUCCUCUACCAGUUCCGCCUCCUACCCAGAAUCCCAUGCAGCCUACACGACCUCUGUAAACUGUGUGGCCCGGGGAUGUGGGACAGCCGCUACAUCCCCACUGUGGAGUGUUCCGGUGAACACCCAGACUCGCAGAGCUGCCCCUAUGGAGGCACUUCCACCCCCCAGCCCUCCUCGCCCUCCCCGUCAUCCACCCCCUCGCCCUCACCAAACCCCACCCCCACACCUCCACCGAAGGGCAAGAAAGGCUCCAAAACCCGGGAUAUUUUCACCUUUCGGAAACAGUCCUGAGUUUGAGGCGAUGGGGAGCUUUGCUGGUCUUGGCUCAUGUUAGUACAGCAAAUGUUUGGAUCCAUCUGCUGGAUUCCUGAACUAUUUGCUGCCCCCCUCUCUCUCUCCAUAGCCCCUGCUUCUAGUUUCACUAAUACUGAGGAUUUUUGUCACUUGAUCCUUUCAUGUGGUGCAAUGUGGACCACUGCCUUACCAGAAUGUUAUUUACAACGUUCGGCAUCACAUGAAUCCGCGAUGAGGACGGUUUUGCUGCCGGGCAGGCCGGAAGACAAGAGGCUGCUUUCCCUCUUGGAGCAGAAUGGACAAUCACCAGGCAAAAUGUUGGUCUGGAGCUACUUCAGGUUCAAGUCUGCUGCUGGCUUGGCAUACUUCCAUGGGCUAUGUGGGCUGGGGUCACAUCAGGGUCUGAGGCAACCGGCCUGACUACAUGCAGACACUGACCGCAGGUCAAAUGAAACUGGAGAUUCAAGUCACAGGACUUGAACUUGAACUUGAAAAAAAGUGUUCCUGUGUUCUCACAAUGGAAUAUUUGUGUGAAUAUCAAAUUAUAUGUGCAUAUCUCAAGUCUGAGCAGGACAUUUUUAACAUAAAAUCCAAACCCUCUGAGUUAACAAAGAAGGGUUAACCUAUGAGUAGGAUUAUAACGAAUUGCCGGUACUUUUACGUUUUUAUUUAAUUUCAUUUCAAACAAGUGAAUGUUUGCGUUUAUAUCAGCAAAGUUACAAAUAUUUAGCAAUAUUAUAUCCUUGCAUGAGCGAUUCUUGACAUUAUAGAGGGCACAACAUGUUUGUUGGAAAACACUCGAGCCCAAAACAGAGGUAAGAAUGUGUUUAUAUGACAAACACAUCAUGAUAGGGCUGCACCAUAUUUCCUCAUCAGAUUGCCGUAAGGAACAUUCUCAUAAUUUCUCUCCGUUAAAAUGGUGUUUACCCGACAGGCAGGAGGAAGUUAGGCGUAUGUUUCCUCCUGAUAAAGACACAUUCGUUCACUUUACCUGUCGAGCAGCAGGAGCCGAACCAUUUAGACAUUACCAUCAUAACAUAUAAUAUGAGUUUCCCGUCUAUGGUAUUGGAGGGAUAUGAAAGCACUGUCAGCAAGUGAUAGAUCAUGUUGAUGAAGUCGAUGGAGUUGUUUUUUUACUUGAAGUUUUGUCUUCUGUGUUGAACCAUAUUUAGACAGGGUUGUGAAAAAUAGCAUUUUUUUUUUCACAGUUUCUUUUUCUUCUCUCCACUGUCACCUCAGACGAAUGACAAACACUAUCAAAACACAUCAACACUAAGAAUCAGUCCACAUGAAUGUAUCUGUUUUUUUGUUGUUCUUUUUUUUUUUACUUCUUCUCACUCUGCAACAGCAUUUCAAAACUCUUCAGUGUGUGUGGGUGUGUGUGUGUGUGUGUGUGUGUGUAUAAACUGGAGUGACCUCUAAACAUCUGGUAACGAGUUGGAGAACAGCCGUAGAAAUCCCCCCCACUCCUCCCCGUCCUCUCUCUCUCUCUCUCUCUCUCUCUCUCUCUCUCUCUCUCUCUCUCUCUCUCUCUCUCUUUCCCUGACCACUCUCUUUAAUUAUAGCAGCCAUCAUGGGGGAGAACCUGGGAGAGGAAAAAAAGAAAGAAAAGCUGGCUGUUCUGGGACUCAUCGCAGAGAGAGAGAGAGAAAAAAAAGACGAUAGAGAUGAGGCGAGGAAAAGGCACGAUUUAGGAUUCAUACUGGGAGUGAUCUCGCCUCUGUGAUUUGCAAGUCCCAGAUGUAAAGAUGGUCUCCACUCUGAGGCUUUUUCCCUGAGAGCUUUUGAGUGACACUCCUGGGGGGGGUGAAAACAUUCUCAAAUUGCUGCUAAAAUGUAACAUUAAGACCUUCAAUCAGCCUCCCUCUGCUCCCUCCCCUAUCCCCUCUGUCUCUCUUGUGGUCUCUCACUCUCUCACUCUGCAAGCAGUCUCUGCAAAUGACAUUCAUAACUGCUCCUUUUUCCCUAUUAGUUAUCGUGUGCAGCUGCUUUCUGGAAAUGCCCGCAGAGUUUUGAAGAUUAGGGCGGCUGUGUUGAAAUGAGCAAAGUCUAGAGAUCGAAAUCUGACUUUGUGUGUGUGUGCGUGUGUGUGUGUGUGUGUGUGUGUGUGUGUUUUAUGAACUCAUGAAUUUUAUUAAAAUCCUCAUUGAAAUCACAUUGUCUGCACAUGGCACUGUAAGUCACGAGCCUAAUUAAUGACUACUCCUAUUUAACGGGGGUUUUGAUCAGUCAUCACUGAAUGUACAACUAUGCUGUUAAGCUCCAUGAUAUGCUGAUGUAUUAAUGUACACAAGGAAAAAAAAAGAGCCUAUUCUUGGUAUUAAUAAAAACACAGUCAUACUUUUAAGAAGACAUCUCUAGAGAAUGGUUUACCGAACAACAAAAUGUACCAAGCAUACAAUUUCAUAAAUGCCUUUCUGACAAUAAAUGACUUGUGAUUGUGAUCUGAUACCAAGUAAAAACAAUGCUGGGAUUUACAGAAACCACCACCUUUUCAUCAUUAAACACUACUUAAGUAAUA